CUAAGCAAUAAAAGAAGUCAUUUUCGAUUCGAGCCAUCUCGACAAAAUGUAAAUCGACUUUAUCAUACAUAAUUACACAGACACAAAACAAUCACUCGUACUCGUACACAGUCAAGUGUCUUUGGUGUAAGACAAAUGAUCAUCCUUGCAUAUUCCAGUCAAAAACCAUAACUGGAGAAGCCAAGGGCGAGAAGGUAUUACUAACUGAUCGGAGGCACUUAAAUUGAAUAUCAAUGUCAUUUCUGACAAGGCGUAUGUAGCAAGACGAUACAAUAGCUUCUAAUGAUUUACAUACUUUGAGCUUCAACAAAUCAAAAACGACAGGAGAUCGAUGAAUUCAAGUCAAGAAAGCACACCCCUUUUGACGUCCAGCAAAUGUUCCGAGGGAACAUUUCAAUACCAUGAUAGUAGCCAAAACGAAGCAAAAGAUGAUGUUUCAAUCAAGUUGCCAGAGAAUGAGGAUUAUUUAUCAGAUGGUCAGGCAUUGAUGCAUCUUCUUAAAGCCAGUAUUGGAAUUGGUGUUCUUGGAUUGCCUCGCGCUUUAAUGAAUGCUGGCAUUGUGGUAGGACCAGUGCUGUUGGUCUUCAUUGCUGCAGCUACAAUUCAUUGCAAUCAUCUUCUGGUAAGCUGUACAAAACGUCUAUCCAUCAACACUGGGAAAUCAUCAUUUACAUAUGGUGAACUUGCUGAUAAAUGCGUUCCUCUACUAAUCCCUCGAUACCCAAAUAUUGGAAGCACAAUUGUAAAUGUUUUGUUGUGCAUGAUGCAGCUGGGAGCUUGUACUAGUUACGUUCUUUUUAUAGUGGAGAAUGUUCAAGAUGCAUUACAAGAUUUGGAUGUGAUAGAUAUCAAAGCCAAACUAUAUAUUCCAAUAUUAUUACCUUUGUUAAUUUUGUUCUGCCUGAUAUCCGACUUAAGAACUCUAUCUUGGCUUUCGUCUUUUGCAAAUAUAAUUAUGCUUGUCGUUUUUAUCUCCAUCUAUCAAUAUCUAUUCAGUCAUGCACAACAGCUAUCAGAGCUGGAGAACUUUGCUGGUUGGAAUGCUUUGCCACUGUUUUUUGGAGCUAGUACGUAUGCUUUUGAAGCUGUAGCAAUGAUUUUACCAGUUCGAAGUAAAAUGAAAAACACAAAUCAUUUCCCUCGAAUAAUUAAUAUUGGCAUGGGGAUUUCAGUUAUCUUAUAUUUAAAUAUGGCAAUUUUCGGUUAUAUGACAUUUCAAGACAAAUGUAGAGGCAGCAUAACGCUUAACCUACCAAAAUUCAAAUACUAUUCUACCGUCAAGCUUAUGGUUUCCGUGGCCAUCUUCUGCACGUAUUUCAUACAGAUCUAUGUAUUUUUUCACAUUCUUGAGUCAACCAUUACUCGACGACUGCAAAGAAAAUAUCGCACAUUUGCUAUUUUAGUAAUUCGAACAACAACUGUGGGUGUCUCAUGUGGUCUGGCUGCUGCAACUCCACAUCUGAAUGACAUAAUAACGUUAGUUGGUUCAACUGCCGCUUGUUUACUAUCGUUUGCAUGUCCAACAAUAUUUCAUUGGAUCUUAUUUUCACAAGAGACUACGCGACUUUUAGCUGUUAAGAACAUUGUUAUUUUAUUGCUCGCAUUUUUAGGAUGCGUUACAGGUACAUAUGUUUCUUUAAAAAACAUCAUACUUGACAGAUGAGCAUGAAAUAACAAGAUCAUUUCAUUUUUACUGCCGCCUUUGUGAUAAAUUUUAAUGCAAAAUAACGAAGGCCUUCAUAGCAACAAUUUUUAACGAUCGUGUAUAUUUCUUUGAAAUAGUAUGUAUAAAAAUCACGAAA